AUGAUUUCGAGCGACUCAAAUGUCAAUGGUAUUCAACCUGACUCUCAACCGGUUAUUUUGGAAUCGUCGAUCAAGACGGUUUCAACGCCAAAAGUGACAAAAAAACAACUAAAACAAGCUGAACGUGAUGAUAGAAAGCGCGCAAAAGAAGAAGAAAAGCGUGCAAAAGAAGAAGAAAAGCGUGUAAAAGAAGAAGAGAAGCGUGCAAAAGACGAAGAAAAGCGUGCUAAAGAAGAAGACAAGCGAAAGAAAGACGAAGAAAAACAGAAGAAUGACCAGCUUAAAGCAGCUUACAGGAAAAUGAUCGGAGAUGAGAAACAAGCAAAAGAUGCUGAAAAACUCAAAAAAAUGGAAGAGAAACUACAGAAACAACAGAAAGAAGAAAAAGAAAAGAGAAACAUGGAAGAUCGACUAAAAAGUUUUCUUAGAAAGCCGUCAAUUGUUUCACAAGUUGUUCAGCAAGUGGCACAAGAACAACGUGAAAACAAUGGUGAUGAUUUGAAAGACUUUGAUGAAUGCGUUUUAAAACAAGAUCAAAAUAUUUUGUGUGAUAUUAUUAAAGAUAUUAUUUUUUCACAGUCAAAAAUAACAAAAGAUUAUGAGAAUUCAUUGCAUAAAUGCAACAGCGACAGUAUUGAUAUGAAAUAUAUUCAUUUUCCAAGAAAGUAUUUUAUUCGUCCACCAUAUUAUGGCACAUUUAAUGAAGGAAAAUUGAUUCUAGCUGAUGCCACAGCACCGUAUGCUACUGUUGAUAAUACUAUUGAUUACGAUGAUGAUUCCGUACUUGAAUGGGACGAUGGGGAAGAAGCGGAAGAUUGUGAAGGCUCAGAUAUCGAUCGAACAUCAAGUGUUGGAAGUGAUGUGGCCGAUGAAGAUGAUGAACUAUUUGUUGUACCCCAUGGUCAUCUGUCGGACGAUGAAGUUGAAGAAGAUGAACGUCCAGCAACAAUUCAAUUAAAACAAGGACGCGAAGCAGCUAAAUCAAGUGUGUGGGACAAAAAUAUUCAAAAAAAGAAAGCAUUACGUGAUUUAAAGCCCAUAUUUGGCUGUGUCUACGAUAAUAAAUACUUACCAUACCAAGAGAAAUUGAAAGAAAUUCAGAAUGAGUGUCAACAGUAUAAAAUGAUACGAGUUUCAGCAGAAAAACCAAAUAGUUUUGCUCAAGAAAAAAUGACAAAAGUAGUUAUAACACCAAAGUCACAAGAACGUCAAGUAAAGGGUUCACCACAAUUUCAUCAGGAUACAAUUCCAUUCAAAUCACAAACGAAACGUUCCUCUUCGAGUAAACUAAUAGUCGAAUCACCAUCAAAGCGUCGUAAAACAAAUGUUUUGAAAACAGCAGUUAAUGAUUCGGCUACGAAUGAGGAAUAUUUGAUGACAAUAAAUUAUGAAGAAAAUAUGUUUAAAACCAAUGUUAGUGAUAAAGAAGAACAAAAACUAAAAAUGAACAUAUUAGAAGAUACGAGUAAUUCGAAACUUCUCACAGUAGAAUCAAUCGAUUGUGAAACAAAACAUUGUCGUACAACGUCAACUGAUCGUGAUAAUAUGGAUUUACAGUACUGUGUCAAUUCCGCUGAUCAAAUAACUGAUGGUUUUACUCAGCCAGUGUCACAAUCACCACCAAUGGUCAAAUUAUUGGUUGCAAGACGAAAAAAUUAA